AUGAACGGGCACAACCAGAACCAGGACCUGUUUGGUGAACGUCAAAACAACGGCGAACGAGACAGCUUUGCGUUUGUAUCGAAACGAGAUUCGUCGAAAUAUGUCACAUUGACGCUGACGCGGUCACUGGCGAUACACAUUCCACUGCCACUAGCCAACACUGUUCUCAGCAUUCUCGAAGUUCUCACUCGAGUUGGAUUGACAACUUCUCUUGUUGUUUACACGACUUCUCUUUCCAAGCAUAGAGCAUGCGGUACAGCUCAAGUAAUCACCGGUUCCAACUUUGUUCUGUUCUUUACGUCUUUCUGGUUUACUAUCGUUUAUUUUUUAUGUGUUUUGGUGGGGAAACUUUUUAACCCCAGCUUCCCUUUGCGCCUAGGAUGUUCGCAAAAGCAGGUUGCUCUCAUGGGUCUACUGAACGCUGUCAACGGCUUACUGAUUGUCUAUUCUAGCCCUACAUACCGAACACCCGCGUUCCUGCAAUCUAUUCUCAGCUCUUCUGUGAUACCCUUUACGGUUGUGCUCAGGCAUCUCGUACUUAGAAAAAGUGUCAGUGGAAGUAGACUUGUCUGUGCAGUUGCUGUACUCGUUGGUCUCAUAAUUUGCAUGGAGCCAUCUCUCUUUGGCUUGGGAAACAGCAGCGGAUCUUCAAAAAGCCGCACCGCAACAAACCUUUACUGGCCAAUAGUGUUUUGUGCUGGGUUUAUUCCUUUAGCACUUAUGAACGUUCUUGGAGAAAGACAAGUUAAGAGGAACAACAAAAAUCCUGCACAAACUAUUGAAAAUCUCAAUGAAGAAGUUUAUAGCGUUGUCUUUCUGGCAUGGUUGCAUCUGUAUAAUUUUGUGUUCCUUGUUGCACUCUUUUGGACAACGUUUAUUCCACACUUUGGUAUCGAUAACAGCUGGGCAGACUUCUCUAACCAUAUGGUAUCGGGUUAUCACUGCCAUUUCGGACAAGGCCCAUUGUACAACUGUUCAACAUUGACGGAAGGGCGUUUUCUUGAUAGAGGAGCUGACCCCUACUGUCAUAUACCAAUUACUCGUUGCUGGAUUUUUAUCUUUUUCUACUGCUUUGGAAAUCUUGUAAGUAUCAUGCUUAUCAAGUACGCAGAAGGCGCCUUGUAUUUGGUGAUAAUCAAAGCUGCUAGCACACCUUUGAGCACGUUAGUCAAUACGCUGUUUACACUGGACAAAGAAAGCGCAGAUUUUCUUUGGAGACCGUCAGUUGAUGUUAACAUUUAUUACCGUCUUGCUGGUACUGCACUCAUAAUUCCUGCUGUAGUCGCAUAUGUUUACAUAAGCCGAAGAGAAAACAAACAGUCACGUGAAGAAACAGUCACAUCAAACAGCUUUCUUCACUAGCUAGAUUGAGCUAAUUAGUAACAGUAGCACUAGCUAUGGAA